AUGCUAGAAUUCGUUUGGAACUUAUUCAAACUUAGUGUCAGCUCUUACAUCGUUUUCCGGUUAUUGAAGUUCUCGACAGUUUUAUUGAAGUCGUUUUUGGUGCACUUCGUGACCCCGGUGUACAGUUUGGACCAUCUCAAAGACGGCUGGACCGGUAAGCGUUUCUCUGUUGAUAUAAACCCAAAAAUAGCAUAUAUUUUUCUCGUUUUCAAAAAUAUCGCGAAAUUCCCAAAGCCUGCAAAAAAAAAAGCAAGGCCUUCAAUUUAAGUGGAAUUUUUGCAGUUGUAACGGGUGGCACGGACGGCAUCGGCAAAGCCUACACCGAGGAACUCGCUCGUUCGAGAGGAAUUCGCCGAUUUUAUCUCCUGGGAAGAAAUGAGAAAAAACUGCAAAAAACCGCCGAAGAACUGAGUUUGUCUUUUUCAAUUAUUUUGAAAGAAGAAAAUUUAUUCAGGAAAGAAAUACGACGCUGAGGUCAAAAUCCACGUCUUCGACUUUGAAAGCACCUCGUACGAAAACUUGCCUUCUGAUUUGUCGCAGGAAAACGUCAGCAUUCUUAGUAAGCUCUUCUUCUUCUACUGAAAGUCAGAACUGAGCUCUCAAAAAUUCAUUUCUAGAAGGAUUCAAAUUUUUCAUUCCUGGAUCUGCCGUCAUCUUUGACGCAGUGUUUUUGAUAAAAUUCGAAUAUUUUCUAUGAUUCUAAAGUCGUUUCUGAAUUAAUUUCAAAUGAUAAAAAAAGGACUUGUCCCACGCGUCUGGCGAUGUUUUCGUUUUUCAAAGAUUCCAAAUGUCUUCUUUGAAUGAAUUAUCCAUUUGUGCUUCGAAUCAAAACAAAAAACGUAAUUAUGGGAAUAGUCUUGAAAUUAUGGAGGGGAGUCAACACAAAAUGAAUUGUGUUAUGAUUUUUCAUCGUAAUAAUCAACUCGUCUUGAUUUUCAGUCAAUUGCGCUGGUAUCGCUCCGGAGCAAGUGGGUAAUCUCGUCGAGCAGCCAGAAGGCCUCGCUUCAAAAAUCCUCAGGGUCAACCUCAUGUCGUCUGUGAAGGUGACCUAUUUUGAAAUCGAUAUUUUCAGAUUUUGGAUGGACUGAAAUAAAACAGAAUUUUCAGAUGAUUGAGCUGAUACUUCCUGGUAUGAUCAAACGCAACAAAGGCUGUGUCGUCAACGUGUCUUCCAUGACGGUCAGUCAAAUUAGACGGAACUAAAUCUGAAACUCGGUGGAUUGCAGGGUUGGCGUCCAUUGCCCUACAUUAGCUCUUACCCUGCAAGCAAAGCUGCAAUUUCCUUUUUUUCUGACGCCUUGUCCGACGAGUUCCGCAGCUCUAACGUUAAAAUUCAGGUGAGAGAAAAGAUCGAAACUAAAAUGGAGCAGGGCCCACUCAGUUCAAUUUUUCGCUUAAACAAGGGAUCAGAGGGGCUGAAGGUGGCUCUGCAACGUUUGCAGGCUUUUUUCUGCCUAAUACGUCCUUGAGCGGUUUAGAGAGUGCAAAAAAAUUGCUUCAGUUUUUGAUGACAUACUUUUUGAACUACAUUCUGAACCAGGUCAUAAAAAAAUUUCGACUCAUUCUAGUGGGUUUCCCGCUAGAAAGAUCAAAGAAUCGGUCAUUAAAUAGAAAGUCUAUUCAGAAACAGUGAAACCGUCUUGGUUUUAAAGUUCAUUAUUUCAAUAUUUUGAAUCGAAUUUUAUGAUUCGAUGCAUAUUUAAAAUCCACGGGAAUCUUGCUGAAAACAAUCGAAAUCGGAAGUUUCAGUGCUUGGUUCCUAUGCUGGUGGCUACAAAGGUCGCUUCGUACGAAGUCGCGGAGGCCAAUGACAUAUUUGUCGUCACGCCAGAAAGUUUUGCCAGACAGGCUGUGGCCGCGAUCGGACGCUGGGAAAUCCUCACGGGCUGCGUUCAGCACGAUAUUCAGGUGAUAAUUUCGCUAUGGAGCACAAUUAAAACAAAAAAAUUUUUCGAAAUUAAUUUUUUUAUCACCAUGAAAAAGUUUGUCGGGUACUUUCUAUUUCUCUGAGUCUUUUUGAAACAAAAAGACCAAAGACAAAUCCAAAAAAACUAUCCGUGGUUCGGUUUUAACAAAGAAAAGUCUCGGUUUGGACUUUUCAACUAAACUUGUGAUCCGACAUGGCUAUGAAUGAAAAUUCAGUGAAACUUUUGAGUUGCAUCGAAACACAGGAACUCUCAACUUUCGAGUUUUGCAGAUAGCGUUUGGCUCGCUGCUGUCUUUCUGGCUGUUCAAGCAGUUGUUCGUUCCCUUCGUCAUGCUCGGCAUUCACAAACAACGCGUCGCCGAUUUCCAGAAGAACAUCCGGAACAAGGACCAAUGA